AUGAUGUCGUCCAACGACGCGGAUCCCUUCCUGGAGGUCCAACAAGAUGUCCUGAGCCAACUCAACACCACACGCUCCCUCUUCUCCUCAUACCUGCGCAUCCGCUCCCUCACAACAACAGCCUCCUCCCCCGAACUGGCCUCCGCCCGCUCCGACCUCGAGACCGCCCUGGAAGACCUCGCCGACGACCUCGCCGACCUCGUCGACUCCGUCCAGGCCAUCGAGAGCAACCCGGCCCAGUUCGGCAUCUCAAAGGACGAGGUCAAGCGGCGCCAGCGCCUCGUCCAGGAUGUCGGCGGGCACAUCGACGAGAUGCGCGAGGAGAUGCAGAAGAAGAUCCUGGGCGGCGGCGCGGCGGCCGCCGGCACCGACCUGCCCGACCCCAGCGCGUACGCCAUCCCCGAGGGUGACGACGACCCGUACGCCGAGUUCGAGCAGCAGCAGCAGGUCGAGAUCAUGCGCGAGCAGGACCAGCACCUGGACGGCGUGUUCCGGACGGUGGGGAACCUGCGCCAGCAGGCCGACACCAUGGGGAGGGAGCUCGAGGAGCAGCGGGAGAUGCUGGAGGUCGUGGAGGAGGCCACCGAUAGGGUCGCGGGCAGGCUGCAGAACGGCAUGCAGAAGCUCCAGCAUGUGAUGCGGAAGAACGAGGAUAGGUUCAGCGGUUGCUGUAUCGCUGUACUCAUCUUUGUUCUUAUCCUCCUGUUAAUAUUAAUCUUGGUCCUAUAG